CGUUGACCCGCGGCGGCAAUUGAUACAACUAUCACUAUGGGGAUGUCCCUUGCUUUAAACACUCUGAAUGAGGCCACUGAUUCUUCAGUAUUAGAAGAACAUGCGAGGCAGCGACACAGCUCUCACGCAAUAUCACCUAUCCGAGAUAGCGAGGGGUCCGAAGAUGACCAAGACUCACUUCAUGAACUUCUCUCAAACAACCAAAUUCUCGAGCGAGAAGGCCAGUAUAUAAUUCCCCGAGCAGUGGAACGUAAAAAAUGGUGGAGAAUCUACUUCCUCCAUUUCGCCUUCAUGUGGAACACAAGGACCUUCGAAUACGUCUCUAUAAUAUUGGUUGCUUCUGCUUUCCCAGACGACCUUACAGCGACCUCCAUCAGGGGAAUUGCUUCCACACUAUCAACGAUUCUUUUUGCCUCUUCUGUGGGAUCUUGGAUUGAUAAAUUACCUGACAGAACAAGGCCUCUUUAUAUAAGUAUCAUGGUCAACCACACAUCGAUAAUCACCAUCUAUCUCGCAUGGAUACUCUGGCCAACUAUCAUUGGAGACGACUCACGAUCUCUCAAGAACGGUUUCUUUGGACUCAUAGUACUUCUAGAUGUGGUCCAGGUGUUGAGCGCUACAGGAAAUAAUCUUUCCAUCAGUCGGGACUGGAUACCAGUUCUAAUCGGCGCCGAACUGGGCUCUAACUAUACCUUGACGCAUGUGAAUGCCGUGAUUGCUAGGAUCAACCUGCUUUGCAAGGUUACAUCUCCUAUGAUACUUCCCUUCAUCAUCUCGGCAUUUUCAAGAAAUACGUGGAUAUUUUUAGUAACUUUGGUCACUAUGGGAGUCUGGGCAUUGGAGAUGUUUUGCUUACGCAUCGUAUCGAUGGAGAAUGCCAAACUGCUAGCUCCCAAAAGCCAGGAACUCAGGUCAGAUCAUUUAGGAGAAAUGCUGGCAACGAAUUCAAUAUAUCAAGUUAAUGCUUGGAAAGGGGUGAAAGACCUGCUCUACCACCUUCCAGCCCAGCGACUUCGACACUUCUUUUCCAUGCCAAUCUGGCCAGCGGCGUUCUGUAUGGCGUUUCUGUACCUCACUGUUCUUGUUUACUCAGCUCCUCUGAUUACAUACUUACUUCAGAGCGGAAUGUCUCUGACCGCAAUCACUACAGCAAGGGCGUCUGGAAGUCUAAUGGGUUUUGUCGCGACAUUUACAACUCCCAUGGCGAGUGGAUAUCUCAACCAAAAAUGGACCGAAAGCCAGACUAGCAAAGGAAUAGUCCCUAGGAAACUCAGCUCUUCGGGAAUAAUUGGGCAAUUCUUAUCCUUGGUCCCUGUCGUACUCGUUCUGCAGCACCUGUCUCCAAGCUCCUCGGGUAUCGUGGACGAGAACAAAGAAUCUGUCUCUCAAGCAAGUUUAGUGACGAUGAUAACCUUAUUCGGCUUCCUCUCACUAUCCAGAUUUUUCCACUGGACUUACGAGUUGAUGGAGCAAGAACUGGAGCAAAGUGAGGUCCUAACUUCGCAGCGUUCCACCUUCUCAGGAACUGGACAGGCAAUAUGUUCAUGCUUCGAUCUCUUGCAUUGGUUUGCUACGAUCGCCUGGGGUCGGCCGGAAGAAUUCAAAGGACUUGCUACGGCAAGUCUGUGUUUGGUGGGUAGCAGUGCAAUCUGGUUUUGGGUCUGGGCUCAGAGACUUUGA